AUGAAGACUGGCCAAGGUUUCCUCCUCGUCUUCAGCAUCACGUCACCCUCAUCGUUGACGGAACUUGCCGGCCUGCGGGAGGAAAUCAUUCGCAUCAAGGACGACGAGAAUGUACCCAUGGUCAUCGUGGGCAACAAAGCGGACCUGGAAGAGGCCCGGGUCGUCCCUAGGGCAAAAGGCUUCUCCAUAUCCCAGAAGUGGGGAGCCCCCUACUACGAGUCCAGCGCGAGGACGAGAAGUGAGUGCGGGGCCCUAAUGUGGACGAGGUCUUCGUCGACCUGUGUCGCCAAAUGCUUCGCAAGGACGACGAUUACAACAUGGGGCCCGAGACCGACGACGGGGGGUUCAAGUUCGAUGCCUUUCGCGGCUCGGGCAAGAAGCGGCGGCGCAUGCGCAUCCGGGACCACAAUCACCAAAAAUGCGUCAUUUUGUGAGCGCAUGGCGCGCAUUUAA